CCACCAAGAUGUGCAGUCGCAGGUGGCAGAGCAUGAAGCCCAUCUUGGGGUUUGUGGGCUUUACCUGUCUGGUGCCAAUCGUUUGGGGGACGCGGUGUUCGGAGUUUGAAUACCCCUUGGGGACGAAGUGCUGCAAGAUGUGCCCUCCAGGUUCGGAAUUGAAGCAACGUUGUGAUCAUUCCCGGGAGACGGCCUGUGAGCCCUGUGAGGAGGACUACUACAACGACAGCUACACUUACUCACGGUGCAGGAGUUGCACAGUCUGCGAGAAAGAUAGAGGUCUCCAAGAAGUAAAACCUUGUGAAGCACAUUCGGAUGCACAUUGCACCUGCCUCCCAGGCUAUUCGGAGACAGUCACAAGCGAUGAAAAGAGUGAGUAUGGUAUUUGGAUGAAAGGCAAGUCGGGCGAUGGCCACUUGCACAAUGUGCUAUACUGGGCCCUUUACAUUUGUUGUGGUUAA